AUGCGAGAUGAUUUCCGAGUCGUGCACAAGCUUGAUGCUGCGACAGCAGCCGCGUUCGCUCAAGGCCUACAGAGGGCAGGUCAACCUGGCUCCGCCGAUCCGCAAGGAGCACGUCCGGGUGCCUCCCAACACCCGCAAAUGUCAUUUCAAGCUGUCCAUCAGUUAUCAUACGAAGCACGUCAGCCAGGCCCCGGCGCCUCAUACAGAGGAUCACAGCCGGGUCAGUACCAGCAAUACGAAGCCCCUCAGCCGGGCCCCAGCGUCCCAGUCGGCAGAUCGCAUGUCGGUCGCGGCGGCCAGUAUGAAGCCCCUCGACCGGGCUUCGGGGACCCGUACCCGAACACACCGGGCACAAACCAACAACUGCCGCCAGUUGCAUCUGCUAACCCGCGGCCGGGAAACCAGCUCCCGCCGAUCGCGCCCGUAGCCCAGGCACCUACAAACCAAAGGCCGCCGCCGAUAGAGCCUCCGUACCAGAUGCCGGGCCAGAAUUACAACAGCGCGGCCUCGCAAGCGAUGACGCCGGACGUGCAGCAACCAAUGACUUGGUAUCGGACUGGCCGCAGCGGCCCGAACAGCCAAGCUCCGCAGCGUGGUGAUGUUUCCGAACAGGAAACGUUUGACCGACGGUAUGUGUUUACCACUCAGGAGAGAGAGUGGUUACUUGAUGAGGGAAUAUACUUGGAGCCUGGACAUCAAGCAUCGCGUGAAUUCUACGCGAGAUUCAAACAAGCGUUUAGCGGCCACAGAGUACCAAGCAGGAGGCGAGUGAUGGACGAAUUCAACCGGAUGCGAAUGUAG